CAAAGAAUCAAUCUGGCUGGUGGAGCUGCAGGACUGACAUCACAACUCUUCUGCUAACCAAGACUUGCCUUUAACUGACCGAUAACAACGCAAAGAUCUCUCAGAAAAGAAAGCUUCUUAGUGCGUGAUUUUUCCAAGCACCAUGAACAAGCUAAUUGUACUCGCAGGUUUCUGGCUUUCCCUUGGCAGCUUGGUCUCAUCCACCAGAUUGCUGUGUUAUUUCACCAACUGGUCCCAGUACCGACCUGGUAAUGGGAAGUUUAUGCCUUCAAAUGUUGAUCCAAACAUGUGCACCCACCUGAUUUAUGCAUUUGCUGGUAUCAAUGAGGUGCAUGAGUUGGUCACCAUUGAAUGGAAUGAUGAUGUCCUCUAUCAAUCCUUAAAUGGACUCAAACAGAGUAAUCCAAAUCUUAAAACACUGCUGGCAGUAGGAGGCUGGAACUUUGGAACGCAAAAAUUCACAUCAAUGGUGUCAACACAAGCUAAAAGAAACACAUUUAUCCAGUCCACCAUCAAACUACUCAGAAAAUAUAACUUUGAUGGACUCGAUCUGGACUGGGAGUACCCCGGUGCCAGAGGAAGUCCUCCGGAAGACAAGCAGAGAUUCACACUGCUAUGCAAGGAGCUACUGCAAGGCUAUGAGGCUGAAGGAAGAGCCACAGGCCGCCCGAGGUUAUUGAUCUCUGCUGCUGUGGCCGCAGGGAAAGGCAUUAUUGAUGCUGGUUAUGAAAUCGCUGAGAUGGCAAAGUACCUGGACUUUGUUAAUGUGAUGACGUAUGACUUUCAUGGCAUCGGGGAGAGAGUGACAGGACAUACCAGCCCCUUGUACAAGAGAGCACAAGAAAUUGGGGACCAUGCCUACUUAAAUAUGGACUUUGCCAUGAAGUACUGGCAGGACCAAGGCACCCCUGUGGAAAAGUUAAAUAUGGGCUUUGCUCCAUAUGGGAGAACAUUUCUGUUGUCCUCUCAGUCCAGUCAGGUCGGAGCCCCGGCCAGUGGUCCAGCUCCUGCGGGUGCUUUUACAAGAGAGGCUGGCUUCUGGUCAUAUUAUGAGAUUUGCUCUUUUCUCAAAGGGGCCACUAUCCACAUGAUUGAGGAUCAGAAAGUUCCAUAUGCAGUCAAAGAAAACCAGUGGGUUGGAUUUGACAACAAAGACAGCUUCACGACAAAGGUCCGAUACCUACAAGAGAACAGAUUUGGAGGAGCUUUAGUCUGGGCUCUAGAUCUGGAUGAUUUUAAUGGACAGUUCUGUGGACAAGGAAACUAUCCCCUCAUCAACCAUCUCCGCUCGCUUUUAACUUCUGAUCUUCCUCCUGUUGCCCCGACAGCAACCACCCCAAAUCAGGUGACCCUAUCCACCAGCAAAGAAAAACCCAGCACAACACCUCAUCCCACACCUACAUCUUAUACCACCACAGGACCGGACAACUUCAGCUUGGCAAAGACUGAUCUUCCUCCUGUUGCCCCGACAGCAACCACCCCAAAUCAGGUGACCCUGUCCACCAGCACAGAAAAACCCAACACCACACCUCGUCCCACACCUACAUCUUAUACCACCACAGGACCUGACAACUUCUGCUUGACAAAGACUGCUGGGUCUUACGCCAAACCUGAUGCUCCAGGUUCCUUUUACAGCUGUUACAACGGCAACACCUGGAUCCAGAACUGCCCCGCUAACUUGGUCUUUGAUGAUAUCUGCAAAUGCUGUAACUGGCCCUGAGAGCCUGCUUGUUAUUCAAUUUACUUCAACAACUCUGAAACUUUUUGUCAUUUUUUUAUAAAUGAGUGAAUAAAAUCUUUGAAUGUUUAUU